AUGCCUUCACUUGCGCGGCGCCAAGGCGUAUCGCAAGAGGCGCUUCUCCGCCUAGAAAAAGGCAGUGAAGCUCCCAGUACCCAGCUACACGAAGCCGCUCAAAUUAUUGGGCUGGACCUGGCUUUGUGCGAAAGUCACCCCGAGACUCACCGAGUCGCCCAGAUUCAGCAAAAAUCCACCCCGAAGGAGGAAUGGGUGCUUCGUUGGUUGCUGAAGAGACUGAGGACGGGAAAAAACUACCGCGUCAACCCAGCGUCCUUCCUCUUGCUUCGACAGUUGAUCGACCUAAUAUCACCAAAGAAUCUUGCUGCUAUUCUGAAAGACCAAAAGUUCUUGUCGAUUCUGUGUGAUACAGCUGCCGACCUGGUGGAAAAUGGACUAUCAAUCUCGAGCUUCGAAUCCGACUCCGGUCACGCUUUUUCCGUUUCUCCGCACCAGGACGAACACCAGGGAACCUUUGGAACGAAGCGGAAGCGUGCGAGUGCCGAAGCCAAUGUGGAUGCCAUGGAUCUCGAUCAAGCACCCCCACCGAACCCCGCAUCAUGUUUUCUCACCUUUGUCCGUGUGUUGGACUGUGUCUAUGGGGUUGUGGCACUGGAUCGACUCACACUGGGCACGGAUGAAGUUGCCAAAUCUCAUCUCAAGCUGGCCCUGCGCGGCGAGCCGGAAGUGAUUUCUCAAUUGCUAGGCAGUACCUUCCAGUUGGCUGCUGUAGCUGUCACCCAAUUCUCGCAGGCAAUAAAAACAACUGAUCUGCAGCAUUUAAUGUACGUUUUCCCGGCGAUUCUUGAGCUGUGGGAGGCGAGGUCAUACCGACAAGACGAUACCGAUAAUAAAGCAAGCAAUGAUUGCUUUUCCAAGUCGUGCUUUGCCCAUGCACUACGACUACAGCUGUGUGUGCGAGCUAUCAACCUGGAUACCGAUGAGAGGGCAGACCUUCUCCAUGCAGUUGAGCGAAUCAUUACCCUUCAUGUGAUCCUUCCCGCGCGUGCGACCUUUUUGGAAAGUGGUGGUUCUGGCAUCGACUAUUCCAAAGACGAGCCAAACUGGAACGCGGUGCAGCCGGUAACUGACUGGUUCCGGCCAAUCAUCCGCGAGAAAUCUAGCAUCCUGACAUCUGAGGAACCGAAACAUCAGUCCUUCAAAUCCUCUUGGCGAUCGAUCGAGCUGCUCCCGGAACUUUUUGACACGGCCGUACGCGCUGUGCCACGAGAUGAAUUCCGACGGCAAAUUCGUGAAGCACCGUGGCUAGAGACAUUGUUUGUCGCCGUGGCGGAGCUGGCGUAUUCUACUGCAGAAGAAGAUGACCCGCUAAACUAUUCCUCCCACUUUGUCACUGUGUUGGAAAAACUCCUCCGUGUAGCUCUAAACCGAAAUGUCGGACUUUCUCUCCACACUAUCCUCGCUCAUGCCCGUUAUACUGGCCUGUUGAAGAAGGGGUUACAAGAUGUUGAGUGGACUGUGACGGCUCUUGUCAUCAGUCUUGGUGUUGACGUUUUCCUGCCUAACUCCGGACUGCGUGAUACCCGUAAACUGUUGGAUGCGCUGCUUGAGAAAAUAAUGCUUCAAUGGAAGACAUUCCACUCACAAAAUAAUAAAACUUACAGCAUCGUGAAGAACGACGUAGUCCUACCGCUCUUGCGGGGCUUUGCAGCUGCCCGCGAUAUGGCCACUUUCGUGGAAGUCUGGCAUGGUCAGCUCAUCGCUCUAGAAGAAGAGCGCCUGAAAAAUCCCAGUCACCCAUUCUUCUCAGUGUGGGAAGACGAUGAUCUUUGUGAAACAUACUGUGAAGUGCUGCGAACAUCGUUCAAUGCGCCCAAUUUUGCCAAACAAAUUCAAAAUGCUGCUACUGAGACGAGGGAUAAUGGAAAGAUUGCUGUGACGCCACAGUCAUAUGCCAAUUUUGUCAUUAUUGAGGCUAGUUUCCGAGGUAGAGCACUUGUUUUUGCAGAGUCAGAAACUACGUUGACGACUAUACUUGAGACUAUAACCACCACACUCUCUUCGAAACAAACAUUUCACUGGCGUUGGCGUGUAUGGCGUUUCCUACAAAAUCUUCGCCAGAACCAGCUGCACACAGGCGAUACUGUUCUAAUCCAAAAGAUUGGAUCUUUCAUCGAUGCCGCUGCAAAGAAUAUCCAUCGCAACCAUAAGAAAUUGACGGAAUCCUCUGUCGCUCCUCUAGAGUCCUGGGAGGCCUAUCAGUUCGCACUGGUCCUUGUCAAUGGGAAACCCAGCGACGAGCAGGUAGAAACAUUUGGCAAAAUUUCUAAGGAUGUGACUAAGCUUAUAGUUUCCGCCUCCCCAGACAUCGCUCUUCAAUCAAUGAAGGCGCCUUGGAACGGCCGAAUCGACACCUUGGAUUCUCCAGCAAUUCUUGCUCUUGCAUACAUUCUGAUACUUUUCAGAUCCCCCAAGGCCUGGCCGCGCGUUACCCCCGAAUCUCGUUCUGAUCUUCUGCAACAACUCCUUUCUCUUGCCACUGUUCAGUACCGUUCAUCACCGACAGCUUUAGAGGCAGUGUCGGAUGACGCUCAAUUCCUUGAAGCUUGGGCGAGCGUUGUGUGCCAUGAUUACUUACUUAAGGUGCCCCUUCUUGUGUCUGAAAUUUCUCUCAUUCUUAAAAACAGAAUUGAAGACGACUCUUCCAAUCGUCGUCUCUAUGUCGAAAGCCUAAAUAGAAUCCCAGCGACCUUGAUCACCCGCGGUCUGAGAACCUCCAUUCUUGACACGUUACAAAAUGUUCUGGUCGAGCAAGAUAGCGAUGCUGAGCUGACUGUUGGGGUCCUGACGAUGAUGGCUAAAUUGGCAUCCAUGCCAAAGAGUGAUGCUACUGUGACGAGUAGUUGGGAGCCAAUCUGGACCGCGGCUCGCUCAAUUUCUCUCCAAGGUACAGACAUGGAUCUUCAAAUCAUGAAGGCAUUCCGGACUCUUCAUUGCUCUGUCAUUGCCAAAUUAUUGCUUUCAAAGGAUGACCGGGAUGAAUCGUUUAAGAAACUUUUCGCGAGACUCUCCAGGCAAGCCUCCAAGUUGCGACAAAUUGAUCGCGACUCCAUGGCCUGCUUCUUGCUACGCUUGUCAAUGAUGGAGUUAUGGGCACACCGCAAGGAAUUGGCCAAGGCAUUUUCGGAAGAAGAAUUGGCCACUUGCCGCGAGCGCGUAUUUGGUCUCGUCUUGGCAGAUAUCAAAUCCGUCAAGGAGCAGUGCAAAAAGCAUAAGCCGGAAGAGACCAUCACCCUCAUCAAGACAAUCGAUGCACUGGAAGACUUUGAGGACCUCGCUACAAACAAUAUCGAAGUGGUCAAGUUCUUGGGCAAAAUCGAAAGUUACAUGGAGAUGUCGGUUGAUUCAGCACCGUCUCGAUUAAUCCGUCGUCGUCUCGUGGCAUCUAAACCAGAAAAAAGCAGCACAAAGCCCGUAUUGAAAUAUCUCGAGACUCUCACCCUUCCUUCUCUCUACGCCGAGGACCAGCAGCUCUUCAUCCAAGCCACCACUGAACUUUUCAAAGACAUGUCCGCUGACAAGCUCGUCCGAACAAUUCGUGAUCUCCGAGAACUUGGUCUGACAGGGAAUGACGCCGCGCAGCGUACUCUUGUGAUCUACCUAGCUAUCACUGCCCUAUCCCCAGUCGAGGACAAAGAGAGUCCAGCCACGCGCGAGCUGUCCCUAGUCUGUACAGAAUUGGCUGAAGCCAUCGUCCGCAGCACCCGUAUCGACGAAUUCUCAUUUGCAACCGAAUGUCUGUAUCACCUACUGCGGGUUCACUCCCGCAGCCUCGCGCAAUGCAACAUCGACACCAUCCUCGCAGCUACCGCCCUCGCGGCCUCCAAAGCAGGCCCACAAUUGUCGCCCGAAUACGCUCCGACUAUCUUCACGCGACUAUGCAGACUUGCGGGCCUUGUCUUUGGUCUGCAGCGCGUCAAGAUCGGCGGCCGCCACCACCUUGUCGUAACCGUUAUGAAACGUCUACUUAACUGUCUGUUUGUCCCAUCGCGCAAGCGCUCCCGUGCUGCUCGUGCCACAGCCUCGCUCUCUUCUCCCUUUUGGAUUGGUCCGCUCGAUGCAUCGCACACAUCUUCGUACACCCGUCUCCUCACAACUCUCAGUGACCCGACUGUGUCUGCCGUGAUCCGUUCUCAGAGCAACCAAUCUCGCGGUGCCCUGAUCGACGAAACGAAGAGGGCCAAGCGAAUCGCGGGUCAGUACCUGCAGAACAUCAUCAUGCACUAUGCGCAGAAUUCUCUACGCGCAUCAUUGUCUCCUGAAGUCAAAGCUGCUCUCAUGCCCGGUUUGUACGCUGCAAUGGAUGUCAUGACUAGGGAGUCCUUGCGCGCGCUCAAUGCUGCGCUCGAUAUCUCCGGCCGUGCAGUGUUCAAGUCGUUGUAUGAUGACUAUGUGCGAUUUGGAAAAUGGAAUAAAGCAUAG